AUGGACAUUGUUGGUCCCUUACCCAUUACUUUACAGGGAAAUAAAUACAUCUUAGUUAUCACUGAUUAUUUUACGAGGUGGCCCGAGGCUUAUCCUUUGAAAGACUUUACUUCUGAAUCUAUCAUAGAAAAACUGGAACUUUUUAUUUCGGCUCACGGUGUGCCUUUACAUGUAGUUACUGACAGGGGCUCGAAUUUUAUUUCACAUGCAAUAAAAGAAGUAUAUCAGAAAUUAGGCAUCACUAAGCACACCACCACCAGUUACCACCCGCAGUCUGACGGAGUCGUUGAACGCUUAAAUGCUACUCUAAUAAAUUCUCUCAGCCACCUUGUGAGAUUUAGUAAUUUAUUUUUCUAUUUAAAGAUGGAAAGUCAAAAAUUUCUGGAAGAAAAUAGUGCUUCUGUGUACAUUAAUAAAGUGGAGCAAAGAAUUAAUGAAGAAGCUGAACGUGCCAAACAUUACCUAGAUGAAUCAACUGAAGAACUUAUUGUCAAAGUUGUUGAAGAAGAACUAAUCAGCAAACACAUGAAAACAAUAGUAGAAAUGGAAAAUUCUGGUGUAGUUCAUAUGUUGAAAAACCAGAAGACUGAUGAUCUAGCCUGUAUGUACAAACUUUUCAGUCGGGUACAUGAUGGUCUAAAGACAAUGGUGGAAUGUGUAAGUUCUUACCUUAGAGAGCAGGGAAAAGCUCUUGUUACAGAAGAUGAUGGAGGCAAAAGUGAUGCAUUGACUUUUGUCAAAAGCCUUUUGGAUUUAAAAGACCGCUUUGACCACUUUUUAUUCCAUUCCUUUGGUGGAGACAGGUAUUUUAAGCAAAUGAUAGCAAGUGACUUUGAAUUUUUUCUCAACUUAAACCAUAAAUCACCUGAAUAUCUAUCCCUGUUCAUUGAUGAUAAACUCAAGAAAGGUGUUAAAGGUAUGACUGAGCAGGAAAUUGAACAGGUAUUGGACAAGACUAUGGUUCUUUUUAGAUAUCUCCAAGAAAAAGAUGUAUUUGAACGUUAUUAUAAGCAGCAUUUAGCGAAACGGCUUCUUCUGAACAAAAGUGUAUCUGAUGAUUCUGAAAAAAAUAUGAUAUCAAAGUUGAAGACUGAAUGUGGCUGCCAGUUCACCUCCAAAUUAGAAGGUAUGUUUAAAGAUAUGUCUGUUUCAAACACCAUGAUGGAGGAAUUCAAAGCACAUGUUAUUACAUCUGGAACAAACCUAUAUAAUGUGGAUUUAUAUGUCCGUGUGUUGACCACAGGAUUUUGGCCUACUCAGUCUGCCACACCUAAAUGUAAUAUUCCUAUGGCUCCUAGAAAUGCUUUUGAAGCUUUCAGAAGGUUCUAUUUGGCUAAACAUUCCGGACGCCAGCUAACUUUACAGCCUCAGCUUGGUUCAGUGGAUUUAAAUGCUGUAUUCUAUGGGCCUCGAAAAGAAGAAGGUGAAUCUAAAGAUGGUACUUCUGCCAUUCCCUUAUCAUCAGAACGUAGUAGCUCACCUCGUAAACAUAUAAUCCAAGUAUCAACAUACCAGAUGUGUGUUCUGAUGCUUUUUAAUUCUAGAGAUCGUUUGACAUAUGAGGAAAUUUCCAGUGAAACAGAUAUUCCUGAAAAGGAUUUAGUUCGUGCGCUGCAACCCUUAGCAUUGGGCAAAACAAACCAGAGGAUCUUAAUUAAAACUCCCAAAACGAAAGAAAUUGAACAAACUCACCAGUUCAUUGUUAAUGAUUCUUUUACAUCCAGAUUACAUCGAGUUAAAAUACAAUCAGUUGCGGCUAAAGGUGAAUCUGAACCUGAAAGGAAAGAGACAAGAAGCAAAGUUGAUGAAGAUAGAAAGCAUGAGAUAGAAGCUGCUAUUGUAAGGAUAAUGAAAGCCAGAAAGCGUAUGGCACAUAACAUCUUGGUAGCUGAGGUUACAGAACAGUUAAAAUCAAGGUUUUAUCCCAGUCCUGUGGUCAUUAAAAAAAGAAUUGAAGGCCUAAUAGAAAGAGAAUACUUAGCUAGAACAGCAGAAGACAGGAAAAUAUAUACUUAUGUGGCAUGAGAAGUAGAUCUACAGAUUUACUUGUGAUGUAUGGACCUUUUAUUGUGAUGAGAUGCACUUCAUCGCUUAAGGUUUUUUCAUGUGCUUAUUGAGAACUUUACAGCAUAUGAAUCAACUUUCUUCAGUCUUUAUGUGCUCAUUUUUGAGAUACAAUUUCAAAAUCCUGUGCCAGAAGGAAAUACAAGAUCUUCUACAUAUGACUGAUGAACAAUGAAUCCUGUUGUGUGUUUCCUUUUUGCUCAGCCAGUUGACUAGAGCGACAGAUCUCAUUGUAGUUAUUCACAAAUUGCAAUAACUGCUAUAUUUCUGAUUUUCAGAUUGGAACCAGCACUGUUUAUUGCAUCUUAGUGUUUAAAGAUUUUCAAACCAAAUUUUAAAGUUUCUAAUUAAACAAUGCUAUUUUACAUUGCAGCAAUAAAUUUCUUUAUAAGAAGAUUCACUUGUUUCAAAAGCAUCAGAAAUUAAAAAAAUUAAGUAAUUUUUUGAUCUGUAGAAUAAAGUAAUUUGUAAAAAGAAAGUAUUGUUUUAUUAAGAAGAAGCCUUUUAUUUAUUUUAAUUAUGUUUGAAAACUAUUCAUAAUUUUACUACAUGUAAAAUGUGUUACUUUCAUUAUGUAGUUGGAUUGCUGAUCAUUUAUAAAGAACAGCUGCAGGCUAUGUUCUAUCAUUUUACACAUCUUUCACAUUUUAUUUGCUCUUUUGACCUGAUAACGAAAUAAAAUUAUCAUUUUAUUGUUAGAGUCUUUUCUACAUAAAUUCAAGUUUAAAAAAAAAUUGUGCAUUAUAUUUCAAAUUUUUGAAUAUACAAAUCAAGUAUAGUUCCAUAUUUAUAUUUAGGAAGAUUUGAUGUCAAAUAAUUUGAAACUGUUGUGUAUAUUUUUAUGAAAUUGUGGCCAUGUUUAGUUUAUUGAAGAAUGGAAAUAUUUUCUGAAAGUAUUGUUAUUUAUAUUGGAUAAUAUGAACUUCUUGCAUAAGAACUGCAAUUAAAUAUCUACUGUGUGUACAGAUUCUUAUCAAUUUUCUCGCAAAAAAAGGAAAAAGCUUACAUUCUCUGGAGAAUGAAUCAGUUGUUUGAUUCAAAUAAUAUAAUUUGUUACAUGUCAGGCUUUGAGCUUGUCGGGAAAAAAAUGUAUAAUAAUGUAAAUAUGCCCAUGUGAAGGGUUAUGUAAUUAGUGGGCAACAUAGGUAGUCCUUUCCUAGUUUUGAUAAAUCAUUCCUGCCUCCAUUUGUUAAAUUACAUUUUUGUCACAUCUGUUCUAAGUUCAAAAGCUUUAAAGUGUACUGGCCAUUAAAGUUUGAAUGUCAAUCACCAA